CAAAUCAACACAUGUGCCUAAUGGAGAUAUAGUGGACAUAGAGACUAUGAGACAAGCUGAAGAUUUCGUGGAUAUAGAGACUAUAGAGACUAUGAGACAAGCUGGAGUGGAUGUCACAUUGGAUCCCAAGACAGCUCCUCCUUAUCUGACAGUUGGUUCAACUGGUAAAAUUGUGAGAGACAGUUUAUAUAAUCCAUGUCCUCCAGGUGAACAUGCUUAUAUACUUGGAACACAUGGUUUUACCUCGAGCAGCAAUGCUUACUGGGAGGUGGGACUGGGUGAUCAGAAGGUAGGCGUUAAAGAAUCCUGGUGGGUUGGACUGGCAAGUGGGUCUGUUAAAAGACAAGGUGAUGUACCAGCCACACCUUCCAAUGGUUUCUGGUUCCUGUCCUCAGACAAAGAGAAAGGCUUACGGCUUAAUAUGACCCCCAACAUCCUACUUCCUGCCAAUCCUAGACCUCAGACACUAGGGGUGUAUUUGGACUAUGACAAAGGAGUACUCUCUUUUAUCAAUGUAAAAGACAAUAAACAUAUUGUCACCGUGGGAGCUAUGUUCACAGGGGAGGUGUUUCCUCUUUUUAACCCAGGUAAAGGUGACAGAGCCCCUAUGACGAUAUUAGAUGUCAGCCACUAUAAAACAGAACCUGGACAAGUGACGGUUUCUGAGACAGAGAGACAUGAAGAGACUGAGACUGAUCGUGACCAAGCCCCUAUGACGAUAUUAGAUGUCAGCCACUAUAAAACAGAACCUGUAAAAGUGACUGUUUCUGAGACAGAGAGACAUGAAGAGACUGAGACUGAUGGUGACCAAGCUCCUAUGACGAUAUUAGAUGUCAGCCACUAUAAAACAGAACCUGUAAAAGUGACUGUUUCUGAGACAGAGAGACAUGAAGAGACUGAGACUGAUGGUGACCAAGCCCCUAUGACGAUAUUAGAUGUCAGCCACUAUAAAACAGAACCUGGAAAAGUGUCUGUUUCUGAAAGAGAGGGUAAUGUCUCUCCUCCUGCUGAAGAGGCUGAGACUGAUGCCCUUCUAGCUUCUAACCAAAGUCGCAAUCAUCAGACUUCUGAAUCCAAAGACAGUCUUUAAAUGUCUGUGAAUAAACUAGAGCACUAUGUAUUAACACAUUGUUUUGUGUAUCAAGUGCACUUCAUAUUAGGGUGAGUACAGUAGUAUUCUGUACUGGUCCAAUUCAUCAUCAUCUCCUUCCUCUUCUCCUUUGUCUGCAGUACAAUUUGAUUUGGUUUGACUAACAUGGAACCAUAUGAUUGGUGAAAGCAGUGUAGUAGAUGGAUGGAUGGAUGUAGUAGAUGGAUGGAUGUAGUGG